AUGAUCUCAAGCAUGCCUCGUGUUUUCUCUCCUCUAGCAGCAGUGGCUGGGCUUCUGGGCUCAGUCACAGCUCAAUCUUACACAAACAGCUCCUCCGAAAGUGUCCAAGUGCGAUGGAUUGGCUCUACGCCCGAAUACCAUUCAGGAACGACGUUUGGUCUGCCAUGGGCUCGAGGCAAACACUUCCCAAACAGUACACGCUUCUCGGCCUCAGGUGACAUUGACUUGCAGUCCUGGGCGACCGCAUACUGGACCGAUGGUUCUCUCAAGUGGACUGCGCAUGCAAUUCCAGAGACCGAGAACAUCGCAGACGAAUACACAAUCACUGCAUCGUCGGGCUCUCCAAGGACUUCCCAGUCUGCUGGCAUCGCACUCACUGAUUCUGAUGGCUCAGUCACAAUCGACACCGGCAAGAUCUCAGCCAGCUUCCCCAAAAGUGGCAGCGUAAUUGUCGAGAAGAUUGAGACUGCGCGUGGCAAGGUCGUCGGGCAGAAUGGUAGACUAGUCCUUCACUCACAAUCUGGCGUUGCGGAUAAUGCUGAAGACAGGACCAACUCGUCGAUUGGCUACUCUAACUUCGAGAGCAAGGUUGAUAAUGUCACUACCAGCAGGGACAACCAGGCACGUGCACUUGUCACUGUUCGAGGCACCCACACUCUCACCAGUGGGGCGGACCAUAUUGAUUGGCUUCCUUUCAUCUUGCGCUUCUAUUUGUACGCGAACUCCGAUGCCAUUCGAAUCGUGCACACUUUGGUCUUCGAUGGCGACUCAUCAACUGACUUCAUCUCUGGCAUCGGUCUUCGAUUUGACGUGCCACUUGCCGAAGAGGAGCUUUACAAUCGCCAUGUUCGCAUUGCUGGUGUCGACGGCGGUCUCUUGAACGAAGCCGUCAAAGGCAUCACUGGAUUGCGAAGAGAUCCAGGACAAAACGUUCGCACAGCACAAUACGAAGGCGACGAGACUCCGACCCCGGAUACCUGGGAUCCUCGCGUCGGUAAUGCUACGCGACGUGGUUGGAUCCCCAACUGGAACGACUACAGCUUGACACAGUUGUCACCCGAUGGCUUCACAUUGAAGAAGAGGACCCAGGCUGGGCAGAGCUGGCUGAACAUUCCUGGCUCUACACGUUCUGGUGGCUUGGCUUAUCUUGGAGGUGCUACACAAGGAGGUCUCGCAGUUUCUCUUCGUGACUUCUGGAAGAAGUACCCCACAGGUCUGGACAUUCGUAAUGCUGCUACUGAUGUUGGUGAAGUCACCGUCUGGAUCUACAGCCCUGAAGCUCAACCUCUUGAUCUCAGACCCUACCACGACGGAUUGGGCCAGGAGACUUAUGCAGAUCAGCUCGAUGCUCUCGAAAUUACUUACGAGGAUUGGGAAGACGGCUUCGACACUCCAUAUGGCAUCGCCCGAACCAACGAGUUCUACAUUCAUGCUUUUGAGGCGACUCCUCCUCGCGAUCGUCUGUCAGCUCUUGUAACGCACGCCAACAACCCACCAGUCCUCUUCACUGAGCCAGAAUACAUCCACUCGACCAAAGCUGCUGGAACCUGGUGGGCGCCUCCUUCGACCAACACCUCGAGCGCCCUCGCUGCUCGCAUCGAGAGCAACCUUGACUUCCUUGCUACCUUCUACCAAACAGAGGUCGAGCAACGCAGAUGGUACGGUCUAUUUGACUUUGGCGAUAUCAUGCACACAUAUGAUGUCGAUCGCCACCAGUGGCGCUACGAUAUCGGUGGGUACGCGUGGGACAACAGUGAGCUCUCGCCUGAUCUCUUCUUCUGGCCCUACUUCCUUCGCACUGGACGUGAGGAUGUCUAUCGCUUUGCCGAAGCUCUCACCCGCCACACUGGCGAGGUCGAUGUCUACCACAUCGGUCAGUGGAAAGGUCUCGGAACGCGUCACGGUGUCCAACACUGGGGCGACUCCGCCAAGCAAGCCCGUAUCUCUACAGCACAAUACCGCAAAAUCUUCUACUUCGUUUCUGGAGGUGAUGAGCGUGUGGGAGAGUUGGUUGAAGAGACCCUGGACACUGACAAGACAUACGAGACUCUCGACCCUAACCGCAAAGUCCGAACAGACGGCUGGGUCCCGGCACCUGGUAACCGCGCCACGAUCGGUCUCGGAACAGAUUGGUCAGGACUGGCAGCGUCCUGGCUUCUCGAAUGGGAGCGUCAGGGUCCUCGUGCGGAAGAAGCCAAGCUCAAGUUGACGAAUACCAUUAACGGCAUCGUUAGCUUGAAGAAUGGUUUCGUAACAGGCUCUGGUCUCUACAACAGCACUGAUGGAACUCUUGACCCACCACCUACCGAUCCUGACAACGAAGGUGUCGUAGCAGUAUCGCACUUGUCAGCUGCUUUCGGUCUAGGCGAAGUCGUUGCCGAACUCAUCGAGCACUACGGUGACGAACUUCCUGAAGGCUUCGAGCAAGUCUGGUUGGACUACUGCUAUUACUACCGCGCUCCAGCCGCCGAACAACAAGCUCGAUAUGGGGGCAAUUGGACUCGAACAGCCACGCUCCGACAAGACCACUCGCGUCUCUUGGCUUACGGAUACUACCGUACUGGCAACGAGACCUGGGCGCAGCGUGCUUGGAGCGAGUUUGAAGCUGAUGGGUUGAACACGACCGAUACUUGGGCAACGACGAGAAUCAAUGGAAGUGCAGUUUUGGCACCUGUUGAUGAGGUCCCGUGGUUGUCGACGAAUGAUGCAUCGAAUUAUGGAUUGGCGGCUAUGACCAAUUUGGCUUAUAUUCCUGGGUUCUUGCCAGCGAGCUUUUAG